CACACCCAUCAAGGUAGACUUGAUGCCAGUUUGUUGCUUAAUUGUCAUUGUUUAUUCGGUAUGAAAAAUUCUCUCCAGGUCUGAUUACAAUCAGUUGGGUACGUAUAAAAAUGGCGCUAUCACUAUCCUUAGCAUCAUUCGUCGAUCAUACGUCCUUCUGUAACAAUUUCGUCAUCAUGGCUUUCAAACUUGUAUUAUUGACCACUCUAAUCGCUGCCGUUAGCGCUGGGCUGAUCCCAGAGCACGGAUAUGCUUCGUCUCAUCAAAGUAUACAACAUCACGCUCCAACUCUUCACCAAACUUCGUCUUACCAGCAUGCUGCUCCAGUUCAUCACGUAGCCGCUGUUCACGCUGCUCCUGUUCACCAUGUAGCUGCCAUUCACGCUGCACCAGUCCAUCAUGCCAUCGUGAAAGAAGUUGAACAGCAUGCCCCAGCCAAUUAUGAAUUCUCGUACUCCGUCCAUGAUGGACACACCGGAGAUAUCAAGAGCCAUCAUGAAACUCGUCACGGAGAUGAGGUUCAUGGACAGUACAGCCUGCUGGAUUCCGAUGGCCACCAUCGCAUUGUAGACUACCAUGCCGAUCACCAUUCCGGGUUUAACGCCGUUGUCCGUAGGGAACCAGCUAACGUUAAGAUUGCUCAACCAGUACACAAAGUCAUUGCCCAGCCAGUUCAUCUAGCUAACCAUGCUGCUGCUCCAUUGUCACAUGCCACUCUUUCCCAUCAUGUGGCGCCAGCACCACUGGCCUACCAUCAUGGUUACAGCUCUGGCCACCAUUACUAAAUAGGAUACCGUGGUCUUAAGCGAGUAAAAAUAUAUGUUGACUUCUAUUGUUAUUUCAUAGUUCAAAUAAACGAAACAAACGACACAUUUAUGUUUUUGUGUACUACUUUAAAAACCUGUGACCGUAUUGAUCCCAAGA